AGGUGAAACCUUGCAUCCAGUUUUCGCUCAGGUUUCCUGCGUUUCAGCAAAAAUUGCAUUUAGGUACAGUAAAGUAAAAUCAUGGUGGAUAUUAGCAAGACUGAAAAGGUUCAGUUGCACGUCCCAGAACUGGAUGAACUAAGUACUGUGUUAAAAAAAGGAUUGGAAGAAAACUUUGCAGAAGUUGCAGUGAGAGUUGUGGAAUGUCCGGACCUCACGAAGGAGCCGUUCUGCUUUCCUGUUAAAGGUUUGUGUGGAAGUCCUCGGGUCACAGAUGUGGGAGGAAAGCCUAACCUGGUACCCGUGGUUCAAAAGCACAAGGAGUAUGACAUGAAUGCAAUAUCAAAGGUGGUGGAGCUACCAGGAGCGUUCUUUCUCGGGGCAGGAGCUGCAUCUCCCAGAGUGGUGGGAAUGAACGCAGAGCUGAUACCUCUGUGUCUAACUGAAGCAGAAGGAAGGCCUGCAGUGAACAGCAGCUACUUCUCCUCCAUCAAACCAGCGGAUGGUCAGUGUCUGCAAGAAAGAUACAGCGACAAAUUCUCAGACUGUAACUUUGCUCUGCUCGGGAAUUUUUACGUUUGUGAGGGGAAGCCGGGAAAGGUCAUUGAGGUACAUGCCAAGAAGAGAACAGGAGACUACAGCAUAGUGACGGCCUUGAGAAAGACUCUGGAAGUGGAGUACCCUGAUAAAAGCCUUGCUCUGGGGGGCACCUUCAUCAUCCAGAAGGGGAAAGCCAAAAUCCACAUUAUGGUCAGAGAGUUCUCCGUCUGUCCACUGGUCACCGUUGAAGCGGUCAACCACCGUCUGAAGCACUUUGAGGUGAACGCCCCCCUCAUCUGCCUGUCUGUGCUUGUAUCCAAGGACCCUGGACUGGACCUAUGUGUGGAGCACACACACUGCUUCAGCCACCAUGGAGAAGGUGGCCACUACUACAUCGACACCACACCUGACAGUGUGGAGUACCUCGGCUACUUCAUGCCUGCAGAGUUUAUUUACCGCAUCGACAGACCCUAAGAGAAACAUACAGUGGCGAGAGAUUGAAAAACAAAGCUCAAGUACGACCUUGUGCCAAUCAAUCACUCAAUUAUGAAGUACAGAACCACACAAUUGCAAACCCUGUAAAACUCUUGAUUUUGAGUGUACAAUUUGAAAUACACUACAUUUAGAAUACAGAUACGAUUUUUAUUUUCCAUGAACGAAUAAUGAAUGCCAAGAUGAAAUUAUUAACAAUCAUACCAACCUAGCUGUCAAGACAAGUCUUGCAUUAGGCUAUGUCUACACUAAUGCACAAAAUGUGCACACAGACAUAUCUAAUGUAACAA